GGUCUUUAGAGCUGCUGGGUGUGGAGUAAUCAAGGAGCCAUGCUACACCAUAUUACGUCUUUUGAAGUCAAAUUCCAACACAAAGGAACAGGUUCAUCCCGAGAAACUUGCUCUGUACUUGCAUCCCGGGACAGCAUCUCCAUCACCGCCUCUCGCUGCCCUCUUGCUGCAAUUCACCUGCUCUUUACAACGCCAGUUCCAGCAAGGCCUUGCGUGGCACAGAUGGUAGCGCCUUUUGUCUCAAGCUGCACUACGUGUGGGGCUGCCUGGACAGUGGCCGCUGUGCUGAGUUGGAGGCGCGGGCAAAGCGCCGGAAAUGAUUAGGAAAACCACGAGGACCGCCGUUUUUUUCCACAAAACCCACCGUCCAGUCAUCUUUACUUACUCGUCCAUCAGUUUCCAAGCACAGGAUGCUUCCGCCCUGCUUCCCUUCCCUACUCCCCUCCUUCCCUCCCUAUAUCUCUCUGCUUGCUCCUCGCACCAGCAGCAUACAUACCUCUUCACCUACCUUCUCAAUCUCGGUCUCUCCUCUGGCAACUGGCACCGGUCUAGUGACUAGUGUGGUUUUGGCGUGGCUAGUAUAGCUUUUCCUGUCAGGGAUUGGCAGUUGCAUGGACGGGCUGACGGACGAGCAGAGGCUCGCGUUCCAGGAGGCCUUCUCCCUCUUUGACAAGAACGGCGACGGAUGCAUCACCAUGGAAGAGCUGGCUGCGGUGACUCGCUCCCUAGGUCUCGAUCCGAGUGAUCAGGAGCUCAAUGACAUGAUGAGCGAGGUUGAUACGGAUGGCAAUGGAAUCAUAGAUUUCCAGGAGUUCUUAAGCCUCAUUGCCCGGAAGAUGAAGGAUGGCGAUGGCGAUGAAGAGCUCAGGGAAGCCUUCGAGGUCCUGGACAAGGACCAGAAUGGCUUUAUCUCCCCAAUUGAGCUGAGGACAGUGAUGACCAAUCUUGGUGAGAAGAUGACCGAUGAGGAGGUUGAACAGAUGAUCAGGGAAGCAGACACCGAUGGUGACGGGCAGGUGAAUUAUGACGAGUUUGUGCUUAUGAUGAAGAAUGCUGAGCGGAAAAUAUCUGGAUGAAGGGUGCAAUAUGAAACUAGUAGUCCUCUUGAUCGGAUUCUUAUGUCACAAAUCUAGUACUGUAAAUUGCAAUUGUGUGCUCAGUAUUAUGAUUGUGUUCUUUGAAGUGUUGUGAGCAGGUUGCCGUGUUUAAGGUUGUGCUCUGUUUCAGACUGGACUGUUAACUAUGUAAACAUUAAUUUUUAGAUUUCUAGAUUUGCCACAGAUAUCUAGAAGUUCAUGUGCACCCAUGCUCGUUGAUUCUUGAAGUUAUGCUAAGAAUCUAUGUUGUCUUUUCCAGUCA